GGUUAGUAAAAGGCUUCCUGCUAGCGUCUCGACCUCUGCUGGACGACCUCAAGAUCAGCCCACUGGGCCCCUCUGCCCUGAAGAAGCCUGACCCCCGACAGCCCCCCUCCACCUCCCUCUCGAUACGAAGAGAGGCGUGCACGUCGGUGUGUGGGUGUCACUCUAUCCCAGCUGGACGGGCACAACACAAAGUUUAAAGAAGAGAGGGCACCAGGCUGAUUACUUCUGGAUUCUCUUUUGGAUUUUACCUUUCAGUUACAUACUUCUUUUUGUUGCUGAAGUGACACACGUUUCAGUCGGAGCUUGUUGUCCUUUUGAGGGAGUUUCACGUGUCUCCGUUUGGCACCAGACGCAUCUGUCAUCGACCGCUGCUCAGGGCCUGGAGCUGCCAAAGUCAUGCCGGCCGGGUUUCAACAACUUGGAGGGGAGACAGUGACUGGAACCUUUGUUCUCUCGGUCUUCACGGCUGUCCUGGGCUCUCUGGACUUUGGAUACAAUAUCGGCGUCAUCAAUGCACCGCAGAAGAUCAUUGAGCAGGAGUACAAUGCCACAUGGAUCCAACGGUAUGGAGAGCCCAUCCCAGCAGGGACCCUCACCUCGCUCUGGUCCCUGUCCGUGGCCAUCUUCUCCAUUGGUGGCAUGCUGUCCUCCUUCUGUGUGGGCUUCGUCUCCGAGUGGCUGGGCAGGAGGAAAGGAAUGCUCAUAAACAACAUGUUUGCUUUCGUUGGUGGAAGUCUGAUGGGGUUGUCCAAGCUCUGCCGCUCCUUUGAAAUGUUGAUCCUUGGCCGCUUUGUAAUCGGUCUCUACUGUGGGUUGGCUUCAGGCUUGACUCCGAUGUAUGUCGGUGAGAUAGCUCCCACAAGCCUGCGAGGGGCAUUGGGGACACUGCACCAACUGGCUAUAGUCACGGGUAUUCUCAUAGCACAGAUCCUUGGUCUGGAGUCGUUACUGGGUGUUGAACACUUGUGGCCAAUUCUGUUGGGUUUAGCAAUCGUUCCAGCUGUUCUUCAGAUGGCACUUCUGCCUUUCUGCCCAGAGAGCCCCCGCUUCCUUUACAUUGUCCGCUGCCAGGAGCACCAAGCGAAGAGAGGACUGAGGAGGUUAACGGGGAGACAGGAAGUGAGCAGUAUGUUGGCGGAGAUGAAGGAAGAGAAGAGGAAGAUGGACAUGGAGAGGAAGGUGUCCAUCCUGGAGCUCUUUCGCUCUACGCUCUACCGGCAGCCCAUCAUUAUCUCCAUCAUGCUGCAGCUCUCCCAGCAGCUGUCUGGGGUCAAUGCUAUUUUUUACUACUCCACCAGUAUCUUCAUGAAGGCAGGAGUCCAGAGUCCAGUCUAUGCCACCAUAGGAGCAGGCGUGGUGAACUGUGCCUUCACUGUGGUCUCGCUCUUCCUGAUAGAGAGGAUGGGUCGGCGGACACUCCACAUGCUGGGACUUGGUGGGAUGUCCAUCUGUGCCGUCAUCAUGACCAUGGCUCUUGCUUUGUUGGAGCGUGUUCCUUGGAUGAGUUACAUCAGCAUGCUGGCCAUCUUUGGUUUUGUGGCCUUCUUUGAAAUCGGUCCGGGUCAUCCUUGGUUCUUCGUAGCUGAGCUCUUCUCUCAGGGUCCAAGACCGGCUGCCAUGGCUGUGGCCGGCUUCUCCAACUGGACCGCUAACUUCAUCAUUGGCAUGUGCUUCCCAUCUGUUGCUGACGCGACCGGGCCGUACGUCUUCCUGAUCUUCGCAGCACUCCUCAUCUUCUUCCUAAUCUUCACAUUCUUCCUUGUGCCAGAGACCAGGGGCAAAACUUUCGACCAGAUUGCAGCAAACUUCCAACAGCGCUCUUCAGGAAUGAUGGAUAUGGACCUGGAUCUGGACAUGGAUCUGGACAAGCCCAGCACUGAGCUGGACUAUUUGGGGGAGGAAAGCAACCACUGAGGGGUCUCCGUCUGUAGAGAAAUGGGACUGUUUUUAGCUUGGGAUGAACUGUGUAUGUGGGUCUGAAUUAUUAUUUUCUGACAUGUAUAUUGAGGUUAAUUGAUGUAUUCAUAUAGAUUGUGGUGCCAAAGCAGUGUUAAAGGUGUGUGAUAAGUGUCCCAUUUCUGGUACCACUGCAAUAUCAGGUUACCAAUGGAGCCUUGACAAACAGGAGACUCCUGUAAUAUAAAGAAUUGUUGAGGCAUUGCCUGCGCAUGUGGUGGGAUGUUAUUCCAUGGUGAUGCACUCUGUGGCAAUAUUGACAGAAGACAGCGGUGGAGAGACUUUGGGAUUCCUGCACUUUAUCUACAGAGACAUCAAUAGGUAUUCAGAGUUUGGAUACACCCCCCCCCCCCUCCUUCAAGAAUAACAUAUACAUCAAGUACAUCAUCAUGGUGUGCUUGCAUACUUUGUAAUUAGGCUGGGAACACUCAUUUGUAAAUGUGAGAGAUUGAAACAUCAUUUAGAUCCUAAUAGAAAAUCUGUGUCGACUCAGCCAAAGCAAAGUGCAAUCACAAUAUAUAUUUCUGAUCAUGAGAAACGUAUUGCACAACCCGCAGAAAUGCUACUGUAAAAGAAAUUCUAUUUUAGUACUCCAUGUGUACAUAGUGUUUUAUUCGGGUGUUGAUAUUAAGGUAUGAGGGUCUAAAUGUUGUAAUUCUUUAUGCACUCCAGUGGUUGUUUGGUGAUGUAAACAGAAGCCUGUUGCACUAGACUAGAGAGAGUUGUGCAAUUGAACAGGCUGCCUGUUUAGAGUAGAUUAUUAUUCUGUAUUGUGUACAUGUGUGCCGUUUGCUGUCUAUUCUUUAUUGGUGUGUAUCACUACCUUCUGAAGAUGUGUAUUGAGGGUGUUAAGUGAGGACCUGUUAUUAUGAUGCUGCUGUAAAUACGGUUACUGAAAACACCUGUGAAGAUCUCCAGCAAUUUCAAGGAAUCCAUUUUUUUUUUUUUACACAAAUGCAGACAAAAUUAGUAUCUUUAAAUGUGCACCCUAUUCAUGAAGAAAUCAGGACUGCAACUUGAGAUUUGCAAACAUGAUUUAUUAAUUAACAUUUCAACUACUGACAUUGCACAUAUCCCCUCCAAAGAAAAAGCACACACAAAUAAGUAAAACAAAGAAUAAAGACUGACUUUUUAAAUCAAUCUAUCCUCAACUGAGGAGAUGAAGGGUGUAGCAUGUUUUUAUAAGAAUUUAUUGGAGGUGGCAACAGAACAUAACGGACUCCCACAAUGCACCACCAACCUCACACCUGCUUGGUUUUUCUCCUCUUCAACCACAUUUUAAAAAAUGUAAAUAAAAAUCAAGGUUGGUUCCUCUAUAAACUA